AUGACGAGUCAACAAUCCACGCGGAGUCAAGGCAAAGUCUUGAACCAAAACGACAACGUCGAAGCCGAACAGCUAGCUACACUUUCGGAGGGAAAGAUUGCCGAUGCUGUGAAAAAGUCAUGUGGUAGAGACAAACCGCGGAAGGAUGACAUCCAGAUCGAGGACUAUACCUCGGACCUUGAAAGAAAAAAGGCCGAGCAAACUGAAGCUAGGGAAGAGAUCAAGGCACAAAGAAGAGCUGGAGUUGAUGUUGAUGGAAGCCUUGGACAGGGGCGCCUGCGCAACGAAGACAACAGCGAUGUUUGA